AGAGCCGAGGCACCAUGCAUGGGGCCCAGGGGCCGCUGCUCCUCCUGCUGCUGCUGGUUGUCUGCCCAGGGACCCAGGGCCGGAACCAGGAGGAGCGCCUGCUCGCAGACCUGAUGCAAAACUACGACCCCAACCUUCGACCCGCCGAGCGAGACUCAGAUGUGGUCAAUGUCAGCCUGAAGCUCACCCUCACCAACCUCAUCUCCCUGAAUGAGCGAGAGGAAGCCCUCACCACCAAUGUCUGGAUAGAGAUGCAGUGGUGUGACUAUCGCCUGCGCUGGGAUCCGCAAGACUAUGAAGGCCUGUGGGUGCUGAGGGUGCCGUCCACCAUGGUGUGGCGGCCGGAUGUCGUGCUGGAGAACAACGUGGACGGCGUCUUCGAGGUGGCCCUCUACUGCAAUGUGCUCGUGUCCCCUGACGGCUGUAUCUACUGGCUGCCACCCGCCAUCUUCCGUUCCGCCUGCUCUAUCUCAGUCACCUACUUCCCCUUCGACUGGCAGAACUGCUCCCUUGUCUUCCAGUCCCAGACUUACAGCACCAAUGAGAUUGAUCUGCAGCUGAGUCAGGAAGAUGGCCAGACCAUCGAGUGGAUUUUCAUUGAUCCUGAGGCAUUCACAGAGAAUGGGGAGUGGGCCAUCCGGCACCGACCGGCCAAGAUGCUCCUGGAUACAGCAGCGCCAGCCCAGGAGGCAGGCCACCAGAAGGUGGUGUUCUACCUGCUCAUCCAGCGCAAGCCCCUCUUCUACAUCAUCAACAUCAUCGCCCCCUGCGUGCUCAUUUCCUCCGUCGCCAUCCUCAUCUACUUCCUUCCUGCCAAGGCCGGAGGCCAGAAGUGUACCGUCGCUAUCAACGUGCUCCUGGCCCAGACUGUCUUCCUCUUCCUUGUGGCCAAGAAGGUGCCUGAAACCUCCCAGGCGGUGCCACUCAUCAGCAAGUACCUGACCUUCCUCCUGGUGGUGACCAUCCUCAUUGUCGUGAAUGCUGUGGUCGUGCUCAACGUGUCCUUGCGGUCCCCUCACACACACUUCAUGGCCCGAGGGGUCCGAAAGGUGUUCCUGAGACUCUUGCCCCAGCUGCUGAGGAUGCACGUUCGCCCGCUGGCCCCGGCAGCUGUGCGGGACACCCGGUCUCGGCUACAGAAUGGCUCCUCGGGAUGGUCGGUCACCAAUGAGGAGGAGGUGGCCCUCUGCCUGCCUCGCAGUGAACUUCUCUUUCAACAGUGGCAGCGGCAAGGUCGGGUGGCGGCAGCGCUACAAAAGCUAGACAAAGGCUCGGAGUUAGGGCCGAGCCAGUUCUGUGGCAGCCUGAAGCAAGCCGCCCCAGCCAUCCAGGCCUGUGUGAAAGCCUGCAACCUCAUUGCCCGUGCCCGGCACCAGCAGAGCCACUUUGACAACGGGAAUGAGGAGUGGUUCCUGGUGGGCAGAGUGCUGGACCGCGUCUGCUUCCUGGCCAUGCUCUCGCUCUUCGUUUGUGGCACGGCUGGCAUCUUCCUCAUGGCCCACUACAACCAGGUGCCUGCCCUGCCCUUCCCUGGAGAUCCACGCCCCUACCUGCCCUCACCAGACUGA